UGGAGCUAGAAAUCCCAUAACUAUUUUUUCCUACUUGAAACUCACAGCAUCCUUGAAAUCCUCUUGGCCAUAGCAGCCUCUGGGGACCUCCAACACAGGCUCAGGGGACAGACGCUCACCACCCCGCCCUGCCGUGCGCAGGGGAGCAUGGACUCUGGGCCACGAGCUGUGUAGGAGGCAGCAGGCACCAUGAGUGCGAAUGGAGUGAGCAGGGUGCAUGGGAACGGCCUGAAUGGGGCUGAGGAGUUUUACUAUGAGGCGGUGGAAGGGGCCCAGAACCCCGGGGGGCUCCUGCUCUCCCCAGCUGCCUUCAUCAACCCCGCUCAGUACGCCAGCGUGCUGGAAGGACGCUUCAAACAGCUUCAAGAUGAGCGAGAAGCAGUGCAGAAGAAAACCUUCACCAAGUGGGUGAACUCACACCUGGCCCGGGUGACCUGCCGGGUGGGAGACCUGUACAGCGACCUGCGGGACGGGCGCAACCUCCUGAGGCUCCUGGAGGUGCUGUCAGGAGAGACACUGCCAAAACCAACUAAGGGCCGCAUGCGAAUCCACUGCCUGGAGAAUGUGGACAAGGCCCUGCAGUUUCUGAAGGAGCAGAAGGUACACCUGGAAAACAUGGGUUCCCACGACAUCGUAGACGGGAACCACCGUCUGACUCUUGGGCUGGUCUGGACCAUCAUCCUUCGAUUCCAGAUCCAAGACAUCAGUGUGGAAACAGAAGACAACAAGGAGAAGAAGUCAGCCAAAGAUGCCCUGCUGCUGUGGUGCCAGAUGAAGACGGCAGGAUACCCCAAUGUCAACGUGCACAACUUCACCACCAGCUGGAGAGAUGGACUGGCCUUCAACGCCAUUGUGCACAAACACCGGCCAGAUCUGCUGGAUUUUGAGUCCCUGAAGAAGUGCAAUGCCCACUACAAUCUGCAAAAUGCUUUCAAUCUGGCUGAAAAGGAGCUGGGCCUCACAAAGCUGCUGGACCCUGAAGAUGUGAAUGUGGACCAACCAGAUGAGAAAUCCAUCAUUACAUACGUGGCUACCUACUACCACUAUUUCUCCAAGAUGAAGGCCUUGGCUGUAGAAGGCAAAAGAAUUGGCAAGGUGCUGGACCACGCCAUGGAGGCAGAACGCCUAGUGGAAAAGUAUGAGUCCCUGGCCUCAGAACUGCUGCAGUGGAUUGAGCAAACCAUUGUGACCCUCAAUGACCGGCAGCUGGCUAACUCUCUCAGUGGGGUCCAGAACCAGCUUCAGUCCUUCAAUUCCUACCGCACAGUGGAGAAGCCACCCAAGUUCACCGAGAAGGGGAAUUUGGAGGUGCUGCUCUUCACCAUCCAGAGCAAACUGCGGGCCAACAACCAGAAGGUCUACACGCCCCGAGAGGGUCGGCUCAUCUCCGACAUCAAUAAGGCCUGGGAGCGGCUGGAGAAAGCUGAGCAUGAGCGUGAGCUGGCCCUGCGCACAGAGCUGAUCCGCCAGGAGAAGCUGGAGCAGCUGGCCGCGCGCUUCGAUCGCAAGGCCGCCAUGCGGGAGACCUGGCUCAGCGAGAACCAGCGCCUUGUGUCCCAGGACAACUUUGGGCUGGAGCUGGCUGCCGUGGAGGCAGCGGUGCGGAAGCAUGAAGCCAUCGAGACAGACAUUGUGGCCUACAGUGGCCGGGUGCAGGCCGUGGACGCGGUGGCCGCAGAGCUGGCAGCUGAGCGCUAUCACGACAUCAAGCGCAUCUCUGCUCGGCAGCACAACGUGGCCAGGCUCUGGGACUUCCUGCGGCAGAUGGUGGCCGCCCGGCGGGAACGGCUUCUCCUCAACCUGGAGCUGCAGAAGGUGUUUCAGGACCUGCUCUACCUCAUGGACUGGAUGGCAGAGAUGAAGGGCCGGCUGCAGUCUCAGGACCUGGGCAAGCACCUGGCCGGAGUAGAGGACCUGCUGCAGCUGCAUGAGCUGGUGGAAGCAGACAUUGCCGUGCAGGCUGAGAGGGUGCGGGCCGUCAGUGCCUCUGCCCUGCGCUUCUGCGACCCUGGGAAAGAAUACAGACCAUGUGACCCACAGCUGGUGUCGGAGCGGGUAGCCAACCUGGAGCAGAGCUAUGAGGCCCUGUGUGAGCUGGCAGCAGCCCGACGGGCCCGCCUGGAGGAGUCGCGGCGCCUGUGGCGGUUCCUCUGGGAGGUGGGCGAGACGGAGGCCUGGGUGCGGGAGCAGCAGCACCUCCUGGCCUCGGCCGACACAGGUCGGGACCUGACAGGUGCCCUCCGCCUGCUCAACAAGCACACAGCUCUGCGUGGGGAGAUGAGCGGCCGGCUGGGGCCCCUGAAGCUCACUCUGGAGCAAGGCCAGCAGCUGGUUGCCGAGGGCCACCCUGGAGCCAGCCAGGCUGCUGCCCGCGCAGCCGAGCUCCAGGCUCAGUGGGAACGGCUGGAGGCCCUGGCCGAGGAGCGUGCCCAGCGGCUGGCACAGGCUGCCAGCCUCUACCAGUUCCAGGCAGAUGCAAACGACAUGGAGGCCUGGUUGGUGGAUGCAUUGCGCCUGGUUUCCAGCCCCGAGCUAGGGCACGAUGAGUUCUCCACACAGGCCCUGGCCAGGCAGCACCGGGCCUUGGAAGAGGAGAUCCGAGGCCACCGGCCCACCCUGGAUGCCUUGAGGGAGCAGGCCGCAGCCCUGCCGCCCGCACUGAGCCACACAGCUGAGGUGCAGGGCAGAGUGCCUGCUCUGGAGCAGCACUACGAGGAGCUGCAGGCCCGGGCGGGUGAGCGGGCGCGGGCCCUGGAGGCCGCCCUGGCACUCUACACUAUGCUCAGCGAGGCGGGAGCCUGUGGGCUCUGGGUGGAGGAGAAGGAGCAGUGGCUCAACGGCAUGGCCCUGCCUGAGCGCCUGGAGGACCUGGAGGUGGUGCAGCAGAGGUUCGAGACCCUGGAGCCUGAAAUGAAUGCCCUGGCUGCGAGAAUUACUGCGGUGAAUGACAUUGCUGAGCAGUUGCUACAGGCCAACCCACCAGGCAAGGAGCGCAUUGUCAACACCCAGGAGCAGCUCAAUCACAGGUGGCGGCAGUUUCGGUCCCUGGCAGACGGCAAGAAGGCAGCUCUGACCUCCGCGCUGAGCAUCCAGAACUAUCACCUAGAGUGCACAGAGACCCAGGCCUGGAUGCGAGAAAAGACCAAGGUCAUCGAGUCCACACAGGGCCUGGGCAAUGACCUGGCGGGGGUGCUGGCUCUGCAGCGGAAGCUGGCAGGCACCGAGCGAGAUCUGGAGGCCAUCGCUGCCCGCGUGGGUGAACUGACCAGAGAGGCAGAUGCCUUAGCCGCUGGCCAUCCAGCCCAAGCCUCUGCCAUCAAUGCAAGGCUUGGAGAGGUGCAGACGGGCUGGGAGGACCUGCGCGCCACCAUGCGACGUCGAGAGGAGUCCCUGGGCGAAGCGCGGCGGCUGCAAGAUUUCCUGCGCAGCUUGGAUGACUUCCAGGCGUGGCUGGGCCGGACACAGACGGCUGUGGCCUCUGAGGAAGGGCCAGCCACGCUGCCCGAGGCCGAGGCCCUCCUGGCCCAACACGCAGCCCUGCGAGGAGAGGUGGAGCGGGCCCAGGGCGAGUAUCAUCGCCUGCGGGCCUUGGGCGAGGAGGUGACCCGAGACCAGGCCGAUCCCCAGUGCCUCUUCCUCCGCCAGCGACUGGAGGCCCUGGGAACCGGCUGGGAGGAGCUGGGCCGCAUGUGGGAGAGCAGACAAGGCCGGCUGGCCCAGGCCCACGGCUUCCAGGGGUUCCUGCGGGAUGCUCGCCAGGCCGAGGGCGUGCUCAGCAGCCAGGAAUAUGUCCUGUCCCACACGGAGAUGCCGGGGACGCUCCAGGCUGCAGACGCUGCCAUCAAAAAGCUGGAGGACUUCAUGAGCACCAUGGAGGCCAGUGGAGAGCGUAUCCGCGGCCUCUUGGAGGCCGGGCGCCAGCUGGUGUCCGAGGGCAACAUCCACUCCGAGAAGAUCCAGGAGAAGGCAGACUCCAUCGAGAGGAGGCACAGAAAGAACCAAGAGGCAGUACAGCAGCUUUUGGGCCGCCUUCGGGACAACCGAGAGCAGCAGCACUUCCUGCAAGACUGUCAUGAGCUCAAACUCUGGAUUGAUGAGAAGAUGCUAACGGCCCAGGAUGUGUCCUAUGAUGAGGCCCGCAACCUGCACACCAAGUGGCAGAAGCACCAGGCGUUCAUGGCUGAGCUGGCGGCCAACAAGGACUGGCUGGACAAGGUGGACAAGGAAGGGCGGGAGCUGACUCUGGAGAAGCCAGAGCUGAAAGCUUUGGUGUCGGAGAAGCUGGAAGACCUGCACAAGCGCUGGGAUGAGCUGGAGACCACCACCCAGGCCAAGGCCCGCAGCCUCUUUGACGCCAACAGGGCCGAGCUGUUUUCCCAGAGCUGCUCCGCCCUGGAGAGCUGGCUGGAGAGCCUGCAGGCCCAGCUGCACUCCGACGACUACGGCAAGGACCUCACCAGUGUCAACAUCCUGCUUAAGAAGCAGCAGAUGCUGGAGCGGGAGAUGGCGGUGAGAGAGAAGGAGGUAGAGGCCAUCCAGGCCCAGGCGAAGGCACUGGCCCAGGAGGACAAGGGGGCAGGGGAGGUGGAGAGGACCUCAAGGGCCGUGGAGGAGAAGUUCAGAGCACUCUGCCAGCCCAUGAAGGAACGCUGCCAGCGCCUCCAGGCCUCUCGCGAGCAGCACCAGUUCCACCGGGACGUGGAGGAUGAGAUCUUGUGGGUGACUGAGCGGCUGCCCACGGCCAGCUCCAGGGAGCACGGCAAGGACCUGCCCAGCGUCCAGCUUCUCAUGAAGAAAAACCAGACCCUGCAGAAAGAGAUCCAGGGCCACGAGCCCCGGAUUGCAGACCUCAAGGAGCGGCAGCGUGCACUGGGGGCAGCCGCCGCUGGCCCAGAGCUGGCUCAGCUCCAGGAAAUGUGGAAACGCCUGGGCCAUGAGCUGGAGCUUCGGGGCAAGCGACUGGAGGAGGCUCUGCGGGCCCAGCAGUUCUACCGCGAUGCCGCCGAGGCCGAGGCCUGGAUGGGUGAGCAGGAGUUACACAUGAUGGGCCAGGAGAAUGCCAAGGACGAGCUGAGUGCCCAGGCAGAGGUGAAGAAACAUCAGGUGUUAGAGCAAGCUCUGGCUGACUAUGCCCAGACCAUCCACCAGCUCGCAGCCAGCAGUCAGGACAUGAUUGACCACGACCACCCAGAGAACACUCGGAUAUCGAUCCGCCAGGCCCAGGUGGACAAGCUGUAUGCUAGCCUGAAGGAGCUGGCAGGAGAGCGGCGCGAGCGCCUGCAGGAGCACCUGCGGCUCUGCCAGCUGCGCCGCGAGCUGGAUGACCUGGAGCAGUGGAUCCAGGAGCGUGAGGUGGUGGCGGCCUCACACGAGCUGGGCCAGGACUACGAGCAUGUGACUAUGCUUCGGGACAAAUUCCGGGAGUUCUCUCGGGACACGAGCACCAUCGGUCAGGAGCGCGUAGAUGGCGCCAACACGCUGGCCAACGGGCUCAUCGCGGGAGGCCACGCCGCUCGGGCCACGGUGGCAGAGUGGAAGGACAGCCUCAACGAGUCCUGGGCUGACCUCCUCGAGCUGCUGGACACGCGGGGGCAGGUGCUGGCCGCCGCCUACGAGCUGCAGCGCUUCCUGCAUGGGGCUCGCCAAGCCCUGGCCCGGGUGCAGCACAAGCAGCAGCAGCUUCCUGACGGGACCGGCCGCGACCUCAACGCGGCCGAGGCACUGCAGCGCCGGCACUGUGCCUACGAGCACGACAUCCAGGCCCUCAGCGCGCAGGUCCAGCAAGUGCAGGACGAUGGCCUCCGGCUCCAGAAGGCCUAUGCCGGAGACAAGGCCGAGGAGAUUGGCCGCCACAUGCAGGCCGUGGCCGAGGCCUGGGCCCAGCUCCAGGGAAGCUCUGCUGCCCGCCGCCAGUUGCUGCUGGACACCACGGACAAGUUCCGCUUCUUCAAGGCCGUCCGGGAGCUGAUGCUGUGGAUGGAUGGGGUUAACCUGCAGAUGGACGCCCAGGAGCGGCCACGGGAUGUGUCUUCUGCAGAUCUAGUCAUCAAGAACCAACAAGGCAUCAAAGCCGAGAUCGAGGCCAGAGCGGACUGCUUCUCCUCCUGCAUCAACAUGGGGCAGGAGCUGCUGUCCCGGAGCCACUAUGCAGCCGAGGAGAUCUCGGAGAAGCUGUCUCAGCUACAGGCCCGGCGCCAGGAGACAGCUAACAAGUGGCAGGAGAAGAUGGACUGGCUGCAGCUCGUUUUGGAGGUGCUUGUGUUUGGGAGAGACGCAGGGAUGGCGGAGGCCUGGCUGUGCAGCCAAGAGCCGCUGGUCCGAAGUGCGGAGCUGGGCUGUACGGUGGACGAAGUGGAGAGCCUCAUCAAGCGGCAUGAAGCCUUCCAGAAGUCAGCAGUGGCCUGGGAGGAGCGCUUCAGCGCGCUGGAGAAGCUCACUGCGCUGGAGGAGCGGGAGAAAGAGCGGAAGAGAAAGGAGGAGGAGGAGGAGCGGAGGAAGCAGCCGCCUGCUCCAGAGCCCAAAGGGGAGCUGGUGGACGGCCAGACAGCUCCUAAUGCAUCCUGGGACGGAACCCAGCCUCAGCUGCCACCGUUGACACAGGCGCCCAGCGUGAACGGGGUCUGCACGGACUCAGAGUCCUCGCAGCCCCUGUUGGAACAACAGAGACUCGAACAGAGCAGCUUCUCAGAAGGGCCCGGGCCGGGUGCAGGGGAUGAGGCCGGUGGGCCUCGGGGAGAGAGGCAGGCGCGGCCCCGGGGUGCGGCCCCUUCUGCAGUGCCCCAGAGCAGGUCCUCUGAGUCAGCCCACGUGGCCACCUUGCCCGCCCGAGGCCCAGAGCUGUCUGCCCAGGAGCAGAUGGAGGGGAUGCUGUGUCGCAAGCAGGAGAUGGAGGCCCCCAACAAGAAGGCCGCCAACAGGUCCUGGCAGAACGUGUACUGUGUCCUGCGGCGUGGGAGCCUUGGGUUUUACAAGGAUGCCAAGGCGGCCAGCGCGGGAGUGCCAUACCACGGAGAAGUGCCUGUCAGUCUGGCCAAGGCCCAGGGCAGUGUGGCCUUUGAUUACCGGAAGCGCAAACACGUCUUCAAGCUGGGCUUACCAGAUGGAAAAGAAUAUUUAUUCCAGGCCAAGGAUGAGGCCGAGAUGAGCUCGUGGCUGCGGGUGGUGAACGCAGCCAUUGCCAGCGCAUCCUCAGCCUCUGGAGAGCCGGAAGAGCCAGCGGUGCCCAGUGCCACCCGCGGCAUGACCCGGGCCAUGACCAUGCCCCCCGUGUCGCAGCCCGAGGGCUCCGUCGUGCUCCGCAGCAAGGACGGCAGAGAACGAGAGCGGGAAAAACGCUUCAGCUUUUUCAAAAAGAACAAGUAGUUGAGGGGUGCGCACGCGCUGGCGCUCUCCCCCUCUCUCCGUUCAGGAAACUGCCAGGGACCCCGGCAGGGAGGACGGGAGCUCCCGCCGGUCAGGACACUGCCUGCUGCUAGGGGCUGCUGCCCAGGCCAGCCCGUCACCAGGAACUGCCACUGGGGACCGGCCGGUGUCCCCCACAACCUGCUCUUCUGCUAUUGAAUUCCAGACCGGUGGUGGGACCCAGGCAAGCCCCGAUUUCCACCUCCUCCAUGUUCCUCCUCCCCAGCCGUGUGCCUCCAUCCCCGACCGACCGCGGUGCAGCGGACCCUCCGGACCCUCCACACGGCCAUGCGCACAUGGCCGCCCCGCCUCAGGGUCGCCCUCCCGCCACAGCUAGGGCCCGCCAUCCGCCAUCCCGGGGACCAGCCAGGAACCUCUCAGAGCUGAAGCAGGACCCGGGGUUCGGAGCGCCCGCCCGCUGAGGGAGCUGUCGGCGCUGCAGAAGCCCUCCCUCCCCACCCCGCCUCACCCUCCCGCUGGAGCGGCCGCGGCCUCCCCUCCCCGCUCCAGCGGUUUCCAGGUGUGAGCUGUCGAGGAGCAGCCCCAGCCUUGAGUCUGGCCAAGGUGAUUAAACAGCUCAGCUUCUCUCACGGCCUUGGAGUAUCAUUGCUUUCCUGCCCGUGCCCGUGCGCCCCCCACGGCUC